AUGCGCGCAGCAACUCUUCUCGCCCUCUUGGGCGUAGCAACCGCUCAUUUGAUGGAAUUCCUACGAGAUGUGCCUGAUGGGUGGAAGGAAGUUGGUCGACCACUUCCAGAGGAACGACUCCUGCUACGGAUAGCAAUGACUUCGCCAAACCAAGGUCUGUUUGAGCAAACACUGAUCGAUAUCUCAACACCUAGGAACGCCAAGUACGGCAAGCACAUGAAACGCGAUGAACUCAAGCUCAUGAUGAGGCCCACUUCCGAGGCAACUGCGUCAGUGAUUAACUGGCUGUUUCAAUCUGGUGUUAGCCGAGACGCUGUUGCUGAUGAUGGCGAAUGGAUCAACUUUGUCACACCUGUCGAACUCGCAGAGAAGUUACUGGAUACGACGUUUGCGCUGUAUGAGAACCAGCGUGGGGACAGGAAGGUCCGUACGUUGGAGUACUCGGUGCCUUCAGAACUUCACCAUUGCAUCGAUAUGAUCCAACCAACAACCCGCUUUGGAGAGACACGAGCACAGAGGAGCCAAGUCCUGGACGUCAAAGUCCUCGGAGCCGCACCUUUCUACACGAAGCCAUCUCAGUCUGGAGCAGGGACUUCGCAAUCUCAAUCUCAGUCGCAGUCUGGAGCCGGAUCAUCGCAGUCACAAUCGCAGUCACAAGCUGCAGCAGGCUCCAACUCUGCUGCCGGUGGCACACUUGGUCCCGCCGCUGGCGAUAAUGGCUGCAAUGGUGAAGUCACACCUGCCUGUCUUCGUUCUCUGUACAACGUUCCAAAUCAUGUUCAACUCGACAACGGCUCGUGCGGUUUCAUGGCCUUUGCGAACUUCCUGGAGCAGUAUCCUCGAUUUGCUGAUCUCUUGGAAUUCCAGGAAGAGUACUUCCCCGCCGCGUAUGGUACAAACUUCUCCACGGAAAACAUUGCUGGUGGCCUCCACGACCAGAACUCUCCCGAGGAUAGCACAGAAGGCAACCUUGAUGCUCAGUAUCUUCAAGCUCUCGGCUUCCCUGUCAAUAUGCACUCUUUCUCCACAGCCGGCAGAGGACCAUUGGUUCCAGACCUUUCGCAACCUAACGAGAGCACGAAUGAGCCAUAUCUGGACUUCCUGAACUACGUGCUUGCCCAACCGGAUGAGGAGUUACCUCACACACUAGCCAUUUCGUACGGCGAAAACGAACAGUCGGUGCCAGAACAGUUCCGCAAGACUGUCUGCAGCUUGUUUGGCCAGCUCGGUGCGCGUGGUGUUUCGAUCCUGUUUGCAUCUGGAGAUACUGGGGUCGGUAGUGGCUGCCUCACUAAUGACGGCCGCAACCACACGAAGUUCCUGCCAAUCUUUCCUGCAUCCUGCCCCUACGUUACCGCUGUCGGAGGAACAACUGGCAGUAAUCCUGAAACGGCUGUCACCUUUUCCUCAGGCGGGUUCUCCGACACCUGGCAACGACCAGCCUACCAAGAGAAAGCCGUCACUGAGUACCUGGCUCAGCUCGGCACGACCAACAGCGGACUGUUCAACAGAGGUGGACGCGCGAUGCCAGAUGUGGCUGCACAAGGCUUCCAAUUCCAUGUCAUCGACAAAGGUGAAGAUAAGCUCAUCAGCGGGACAUCUGCCUCUGCACCAGUCUUCGCCGGCAUCAUUGCCUUGAUCAACGCCCAGCUCGUCCAGUCCGGCAAAUCACCCCUAGGCUUCCUCAACCCCUGGAUUUACAGCGAGGCCUACCAAGCACUAAACGACAUCACUAACGGUGGUUCAUCGGGCUGCGAUGGCACUGAUCAGUACUCUGGUCUAGCCACGCCAGUCAUUCCGGAUGCUUCAUGGCAAGCGGUGCCCGGUUGGGACACUGUGACCGGCUGGGGAACGCCCGAUUAUGAGAAGUUGUUGGCGUUGGCGUUGAAGAAGUGA